UCUCUUACCAAACGUAGCUACAGCUCCUAAGCAAUUCUUGAUCAAGAACUGGGGGACCCGUCGAGUUUCUGCCAAGUCAUUGUCUGCUAGCUGUUAAGAGCAACAACUGUCUGUAGACUUCGAGCGACCUUCUCUCUUCUAUAUAAGUGUUUGAUAUCUGUGUACGUUUCACAGCGGGACGAUUCCGUCACUGUGUUUGCCCAAAGUUAGUUGCAAAGUCACGACUAGUCAUUACCUGCGCAUUGAGUGUUCUGCCGUUUGCGAAGAAAAGUAGCCUGAAGUCUCAAAAUUAAUUUAUAUAAACAAGAAGUAAGCUGGUGAGGUAUAAGGUGUCGGCGUUCACCCUGUGAGCUACAGGCAGAACUUCGUAGGAACAAGUACUGAAGAAGCAUCGGAAUGUUGAAUAACGGCAAGCUGGCCGGCAAGACGAUUCUGAUUACAGGGGCGUCUCGUGGAAUCGGAAAAGAGAUUGCCCUGAAGUGCGCAAAGGACAAAGCCAAUAUUGUGGUUGCCGCGAAAACAGCCACCGCCAACCCGAAGCUUCCUGGAACGAUUUACACCGCUGCUGAGGAAAUCGAAAAGGCUGGAGGCAAGGCUCAUGCUGUCGUCAUGGACAUCCGCGAUGAAGCGAAUAUCCGGAACGCUAUAGAAGAGGGAGCCAAAAAAUUCGGAGGUAUAGAUAUCCUCAUCAACAACGCGUCGGCCAUCAGCUUAACGCCAACUGAAUCCACAGAGAUCAAAAAGUAUGAUCUCAUGCACCACGUCAAUGUCCGGGGCACAUUUAUCACGUCGAAAAUGUGCAUUCCCUACUUGAGGAAAUCAGCAGGAGGGGGGAGAAUUCUUAACAACUCUCCACCGCUUGUCAUGAGCGCGAAGUGGUUCGCGCCCCACGUUGCAUACACAAUGACAAAAUUCGGCAUGUCAAUGUGCGCCCUCGGAAUGGCGGAAGAGUUUAAGGGACAGAAUAUUGCCGUGAACACAUUAUGGCCAAAAACGGCUAUCUAUACCGCUGCAACCGCAAUGUUAGCUGGAAGCGCCGAUGCGGCCAUGUCCAAUUCUCGCUCUCCAGCGAUUAUGGCCGAUGCCGCGUACGCAAUUCUUACGAAACCACUAUCGUUUACUGGCAAUUUCUGCAUUGAUGAAGAGGUCCUUCGGGCCGAAGGUAUCACUGAUUUUGAUCAGUAUGCAUGUAAAAAGGGCAGCGAAAUUAUGCUCGACUUUUUCUUACCAGACAAAUACUAUGAGAAUGGUAAGCUGCUGCCUACUGCUAAUGGAACACCUACAGAAGCUGCUGCUGCUGCUGCUGCUGCUCCCGAAGUCAAGCCCCUGGACGGCGUGUUUGAAAGCAUCAAACGAUUACUCAGCGUAGAUCUUGUAGAGAAGAUUAAGGGUGUGUUUUUAUUUGAAGUUAAGGAGGGCGGAGAGUAUUUCAUCGAUCUGAAAUCGGGCGCAGGAGCCGCGGGAAAGGGCGCUCCCACGAACAAAGUUGAUGUGACUUUUGUUUCCAAUGAGCAGACGUUUUUGCAAAUGUUCGAGGGUAGUUUGAAGCCAACCGCGGCCUUUAUGUCGGGCAAACUAAAGCUCAAGGGUGACAUGAGCAAAGCUAUGAAACUCGAGAAACUGUUUAAAGAAACCAAGGGAAAGCUAUAGCUGGGAUUUGCUCACCGACUCUUCUAUCACAACGACGACGACGACGACGACAGCGACAUAAACAGCAUGUGAUAUUUAAUAAUCAGUAUGUCUAGGACUCACCCAUCGUCUGCUGAGACGUGUUGGGUGUAAGAAAUAAUUAUUGUCUAGAUAAAAUUAAUGCUCGAUAAUUCCAUUGCCUCAACGGAAAUGACGUGGAGUGAGGGGAACUCUCAAUAUGUGCAAUGAAUUACUAAUUCGUAACCUAAACUAUAUUAUAUAGAUACCUUCAUAUAGAAAACAAUGCAACAUUUGCUAAAAAUAAAAACGGCACAUCGCUCCAAAGUAUUUCUUACCCUUCUAGGAAAUGUCUAUUUAUUGUCAUUCAUCUGAAUGUAUCGAUAUGGCUCGAUAAAUGUCUUUUGUAGGAGAAGCAGUUGCAUUGUACGAGUAUCGUGCACACACUGGUGGAUAGUUGAAACUAGGCUUACGUAUGAUGCCGCAUUUAAGGACAAACAGCAUUUGACACUCUAAUCCGUUAUAGACAAUAUAAUAGUUAUAAUUUUGUAAUCGCCGAAUUCAUCUAGGCGAUGGGUACUCAAAAAAAUCUUUAAUAAAUCCCUCAGUAAAAUUAAUCAUGUACCUACUAGUGGUUUAAGGGUUCUUUCAUAUACUCGUUGUUAUCCUUCAAAGAAACCAAUCCGAGGUUGUAUAGAUAUAAGCUGCUCUUACAAAACAUAGCUAUAGGCGGUUUCAUUCAACUACAGCGGUUGUAAACGUGUUGCACGAUAAACAGACAAGUUGAAUCUUUUUGAAUAAGAUAGCCAUUUCAGUGCGCAUUUCAGGAAAUAACAUUAAGUAAUUUUUAGAAAUAAGGUACAAGAAAGUUGCUAUGGAUGUAUGUUUGGCCUAGUUGCGCUUUUACUAGAGUUUUAUCUUUCUACGAAUUAUGAGUCGUAUACUCUUGAAUUUUCGUCGAACUAUACUAGCAUCAACACAAAAUUUUAGAAACAAAUGUUUUUGAUAAUUAUGUCUGCGGUCAUAAGGUUCCUCUUGAAGCCCUGUAGAGCCGAUCAUCGUGACAGCCGAACUGAGUUUAUCUACGUGACGUUUAAUUUUUUGCGAAAAAGCUAACGCACUUUUCAUACAAGAUUUAUAUUUUUUAUUAAUUAAAUUUACAAAUGGUGUGUGAAAAAUAUCUGCUGUAGCUAAAAGGGUUCAUGCGUCGAUUUGGCUGCCAUGUCUCAACAUUUUUAUUCAUUCAUUUUUUCGUUAUUGCAUUAUAUUUUUUAUAGUUAACUACCCAGUACAUUUUGGAUACUUUAUUUACUGGCCUUGAAUGAUGCUACGACACUAGUAGAUGGGAAAGCCUCGUUAACGAA